AUGAACAUACUCGCUUACGACCGCACCUCAUGCAUUCUCUGCGGAGCCCGAUUGGAGUCCAAUGCUAGAAAAUGGUGCGCCAAAGAGAUACGACUAAUCAUUUUCGUCGCAAAUAAAGUGUACACGUCCUCUGUCGACUGCACCCAAGCGACGCUCUCUGGCGUUGGGCUCAUUCGCCAUGGCUCCAUUGUCCAAGUCCCCAUCGACCCCAAUGUGGUGGACAUGAGCAGACAGCCAAGAGGCCUAGAUGAACGCGAAGGUUUCAUCAAGGCACGGUUGCACAGCCUCAAAAGGCACCAGCAUACACAGACUCUUCGUCAACAUGGAACCCUCUUCGUCAGACCGCUUGUCCCCUUCCUCUGGGGCUUUGCCAUCCAUUCUUUUUGCUGGGACAUGCUCAAUGCCGAGAAUGCACCUGAUCUUCAAGUUCUAUUCCAAGCCUGUUUGUCAAUGCCACUCAGUAGGAGCGGGGCAUUGGACUGGGGCCACGACUAUAUUGGCCUGAUAGAUCAUGUCCCGAUUGAGGAUCCAAGAGGCUCAAAGCUAGGAGCCAGGGACCUGAUGGGGGAUUGGUGGCGGUAUUCAACCCCUUCCCAAAUUCCAGAGAUCCAGGAACUCGUAGAAGCUGAACAUAUCGCUCCGAGUACGGCGCAGUUCAUGCCCGAGAAAGGUCCGGAAAUACCUACUGCGGGUGAUUGUUUCUCAUCAUUACCAAUGGAAUUGCGACAAAUGGUUCUAUUCAACCUUCCGUCAAAAGAUGUCUAUGCACUGAAGCUAGCAUCUCCAGUAUUUGCUAACAUGCAACUACCAGAGGGAUUUUGGGCCUCAAGGUUUGCAUUCGAUCAUGAGUUUGGAUAUGUGCUGGAGGCUCGAUCGUCGAAACCUCAGUCUUGGCGGUCAUUGUACUUCGCCAUGGACAGGCUGAAAGAGAACCCAGCAAUAUCUUUGACAGGUCGCUCCCGUGUUUGGGAGCUUUCAACCAUGCUCAAGCACCAGCUCCAUGAAGCUGUUCAUCCAGCUUGCCAUGGCGAGCCUGUUAUAGGAUUGAUCGAACCGCAGCAUAGUAGUGAGUGGCUCAAGACCCAGUGGCAGACCGCUACCAGAGGGCUGGUGAAUGAGCCUGAUUUCUUCGAAUUUGGCUGUAGGCCGCUACGGACCCGUGUUGUUCAGGUACCAACUCCGCUCCGACUAGAUAGAGUGGUUGUUUCGUUUGCUAGGGUUGGCACCGAGAAGUAUAUUUCUGGACUGGAACUUGGUAUUCACAACGAUUCAAUUAAGAUUGGGUACACUGGUCGAGGGGAGAAGCAAAUUGAGGUCGAUAAGAGCCUUUCGCCGAUUUGCGGAUGGCAUCUGGCCCUAGGCAUGUCGGGAAUACAAGGUAUUGCGAUUGUCAUGAAGGAUGGCUCUCUGUCCUCCUGGGCUGGGAAACAUGAAGAUCUACCUCAAUACUCACUUCGAGGAGGCGGAGGUGAUCUUCUUGCGAUGAAGGCGGAAUUUGAUGCGUUUCGUAUGGUCUCUUUCAGCAUACACACCAGUAACAUGGAGACUACGACAUGGAUAAACAAUGUGCCAUGGAAGUACCUUUGUCCCUGGAUGCCGAGUGUACCACCUGAUCAUUACUUCUUGGAUGAAAGUGGGAAGGAGUAUGCUCACUGGUACCUGGGAAUAGAGGGAGGGACCGAUGUUGGGAAGUCUCGUCCGAUCGAUACCUUUUAUUUUGGCGGCUCUCACGGAGAGCUUCUGCCAUUGCUAAAGGAGAUAGUAGUCUGGGCGCUUACUGGCAUGACUAUCCAAAUCACAGGCAUCGAGUUUACGUAUACCGAUUCGAGCAGAGAUCGAUUCUUCGGCAUGAUUACCUCCGACCCCGACGCAGAGGAUGAAAUCGAAGAGGAUCCCGAGGAAGUCAAAUUUAGUGUGCCAAUAGAUGGUUCUGGCGGAGAAAGAAUCCAAUGCAUCGACGUUUUGUAUACGAAAUUAUUCGAUACCAGGCCGAUGUUGCGAGGUUUAAAUAUUCGUACCAACCGUCGAACAGCUGAGGUGUUACCAGCCCCGGCAUCAACUGAGCGGAAGAUUGCCAGCAAUAUUCUCGACAGUUCCGAGUCUUCCAGCCAAGUCUUUGAUCAGCAAAGAAAUGUCGAUGUUCCCAAGAAUUGGACUACAUUGGAACCCCGCGGACAAGAACUCGUUGGAAUCUAUGCAGUCUUAGGUUGGAAUAUGAUCGAAAACUUCGGCUUAAUUUCUAUGAACAGGCCCUGA